GCUCUAGGUCCACACGAAGAGCAACAAAGUGAACACAUGGAAAAGCAAAAGAUUGAGCGAGAAGUCCGUUCUUUUCCCAUGUAGGACUCGUUUCUUCUGAGAUGUGGGGAUAUCAGAAGCCUUCCCUGUGACGGACCUGUCUGACCAUAUUAAGCCAGCUGGGCUGUGUGACCACUGCUGAACACUGUUGAACAUGACUGAGCCCAACAUGAGCCUAGUGACCACCAACAUCAGCGGGGCCGGGAGCGACAACCUGGGGUAUGGAACAGGGAACUUCUACCGUCCGUUUUCGGUGUUCAGCGUGCUAACCCUCACCCUGCUAGCCAUGCUGGUGGUGGCCACCUUUGUUUGGAACCUCCUGGUUCUCCUCACCAUCCUGAGGGUGCGGACCUUCCACCGUGUGCCCCACAACCUGGUGGCUUCCAUGGCCAUUUCAGACGUGAUGGUGGCUGCCCUGGUCAUGCCACUGAGCCUGGUACACGAGCUCAAUGGGCGGCUGUGGAAGCUUGGCCGCGUGCUCUGCCAAGUGUGGAUCUCCUUCGACGUGCUCUGCUGCACGGCCAGCAUCUGGAACGUGACCGCCAUCGCCCUGGACCGCUACUGGUCCAUCACCAGACACUUGGAAUACACGCUCAAGACUCGCAAGAGGAUCUCCAAUGUGAUGAUCGUACUCACCUGGCUGCUGUCCUCAGUCAUCUCCCUGUCGCCACUGUUCGGCUGGGGUGAGACCUACUCAGAGGAGGGCAUGGAGUGCCAGGUGAGCCAGGCACCCUCCUACACCAUCUUCUCCACCUUCGGAGCGUUCUACCUGCCGCUGUGCGUGGUGCUCUUCGUCUACUGGAAGAUCUACAAGGCGGCCAAGUUCCGCAUCGGCUCGUGCAAGACCAACACCAUCACGCCUAUGGCUGAGGUGAUUGAGGUGAAGGAGGCAUCGGGGCAGCCCCAGAUGGUGUUUACUGUGCGCCACGCUACGGUGACCUUUCAGAUGGACGGCGACACGUGGCGCGAGCAGAAGGAGAAGAAGGCGGCGCUGAUGGUGGGCAUACUGAUCGGUGUCUUCGUCCUCUGCUGGAUCCCCUUCUUCCUCACAGAGCUCAUCAUCCCACUGUGCCACUGCGACAUUCCGCCCAUCUGGAAGAGCAUCUUCCUGUGGCUGGGCUACUCCAACUCCUUCUUCAACCCACUAAUAUACACAGCUUUCAACAAGAACUACAACAACGCCCUGAAGAACCUGUUCUCCCGCCAACACUAAGCCUGGGGAUGAGGGCUGGAGGACGAGGGCUGGAGGACAAAACUGACAGUGUAAAAUAACGGUUAAAAUCAGCGGGUCCUAUCGUCUCUGACCACAGAACAUUGGCCAUAAUUUUUGUUUCAUUUAACACUGAGGCCAGGGCAGAGACUAAGGCUGAGACCACAGGAGUUUGGUGGCACCUUAAUUGAGGAGGACGAGCUUGUGGUUAAUGGCUGGAGCAGAAUAAGUGGAAUGGUAUCAAAUACAUCAAACAAAUGGUGUCCACGUGUUUGAUGCCCUUACAUUCGUGCCAUUCCAGCCAUAAUUAUGAGCCAUGCUCCCCUCAGCAGGCUCCUGUGGCCGAGACUAAGGUUGGGGAUAAGGCAGAGGCAGAGAAUGGGGCUGAGGCUCAGGCUCAAGCUGAACCACACGAACAGCCACUUCACCAGGAGGCUAGUUCAAUCAGAGCUAGAGAGCAAAUCUGACAAACCAGCACAGGCUCUAUUAGCGUCUCCUUUCCCAACUCUGCAUCAACCAAGUUCUUGCGAAUCAGCUUGUUGAAAGACUUUCAGAACUUUUACGAUGUUUUUACAUCAAAUCAAGUUUUAUUUGUCACAAAUUUGAAAAAGCUAUCAAAAAGUUAAUUUACAUAACAAUAAUGAGGCUAUAUACAGGGGGUACCGAGCCAAUAUGCAGGGGUACAGGUUAGUCGAGGUAAUUUGUAAAGUGACUAUGCAUAGAUAAUAAACAGUAAGUAGCAGCAAUGUAGAAACAAAGGAGGGGGGUCAAUGUAAAUAGUCCGGGUGGCCAUUUGUUUAGUUGUUCAGCAGUCUUAUGGCUUUGGUUGUAGAAGCUGUUAAGGAGCCUUUUGGUCCUAGACUCCACGUCGCAGAACCACUUGCCAUGCGGUAGCAGAGAGAACAGUCUAGGACUUGGGUGACUGGAGUCUUUGACAAUCUUUCUCUGACACCGCCUAGUAUAUAGGUUCUGGAUGUCAGGAAGCUUGGCCCCAGUGAUGUACUGGGCAGUGUGCACUACCCUAGCGCCUUAUGGUUGGAUGCCGAGCAGUUGCCAUACCAGUCAACAGGUCAGGAUGCUCUCGAUGGUGCAGCUGUAGAACUUUUUGAGGAUAUGCGACCCAUUCCAAAUGUUUCAGUCUCCUGAGGGAAAAAGUUGUUGUGCCCUCUUCACAACUAUCUUGGUGUGUUUGGACCAUGAUUGUUUGUUGGUGAUGUGGACACCAAGGAACUUCAAACUCUCAACCCGCUCCACUUCAGUUCCGUCGAUGUUAAUGUGGCCUGUUUGGCCCUCCAAUUCCUAAACUCCACGAUCAGCUCCUUUGUCUUGCUCACAUUAGGAGUGAGGUUGCUGUCCUGGAACCACACCGCCAGGUCUCUGACCUCCUCCCUAUAGGCUGUUUCAUCAUUGUCAGUGUCCAUGACUACCACUGUUGUGUCGUCAGCAAACUUAAUGAUGGUGUUGGAGUCGUGCUUGGCACGCAGUUGUGGGUGAACAGAGAGUACAGCAGGGGACUAAGCAUGCACCCCUGAGGAUCAUUGUGGCAGUUGAGGAUCAGUGUUGAUCCCCUGCAGAUGUGUUGUUGCCUAUCCUUACCACCUAGGGGUGGCCCAUCAGGAAGUCCAGGAACGAAUUGCAGACAGAGGUGUUUAGUCUCAGGGUUCUUAGCUUAGUGAUGAGUUUUGAGGGCACUAUGAUGUUGAACGCUGAGCUGUAGUCAAGGAACAGCAUUCUCACGUAGGUGUUCCUUUUGUUCAGGUGGGAAAUGGCAGUGCGGAAUGCUAUAGAGGUUGCAUCAACUGUGGAUCUGUUGGGCCGGUACGCACAUUGUAGUGGGUCUAGGGUUUCUGGGAUGAUGGUGUUGAUGUGAACCAUGACCAGCCUUUUUACCUCAUUCAUGCUGGUAGAAAUUAGGUAAAAACGGAUUUAAAUGUUCCUGCAUUAAAGUCCCCGGUCACUAGGAGCGCCACUUCUGUGUGAGCAUUCACUUGAUUGUGAAUGGCAUUACAUAGCUCAUUGAGUUUGGUCUUAGUGCCUACAUCGGUUUGUGGUGGUAAAUAGACAUCUACAAAACCCACAAUUGGUUAGGAGCCCGUUUAACAGCAGCCAUCCCCUCCGACGCCAUUCUCCAGCCUUCAUUGUGUUUUCGCAUGCAUAUAACCAACAAAACUGUGGACUACAUUGUACAAGUAGAUAACAAUCUAGGGACUACAUUACAAUCCGUGGAUUUAACAACCAUCAAUUCACUCUGAAGCUUUUUAACAACCAUAGAUUCACCACAUGAAUAGAAAAGAUUGUUGUCCUCAAACCGAAGUUAUCAAACAUAACUGUGAUCAUCUUGUAAUUGACUACACCAUUUUGAGAAAGUACAGAUUUAGGUUGCUGUAUCCAAAUAAGAUUAUACU